GUAAUGCGCCUUGGGGGCGGCUUACCAUACGACGGCGACCCCCCGACAAUGAGCGCAGCUGGCAAUGAUUAUGCAGAAUUAUGCGAUCUUGGACCCUCACGAUGGAGUUCGCGUGGCUACUAUUAUGCACCACCCGCACAUGCGACCGCCUUACAUCCUAGUGCCGCGACCGGCCUACAACAACCGCAAUCCUCAUCCAGCGUACCGACCGGCAGUUCGGCCGGUCUCAGUGCGCAUCCGCUGCGCACACCAAGCAGUUACGAGGCGGAAGACGUUUCCUUUGGCAUGAUUAGUCCACCACCGGGUGUGAUCGGUCCGUCGUCGGUUGGUCUCAGCGGUACGUACGGCAUCGGUUCGCGUAUUGGCAAUAGUACGAGUUCGUUACGUGGCGGCCGUUCCGGUCUUUAUUACUCACCGCCCGGUACAUCAUAUACAAUUGUGGAACGUCCACAUUCGCCCCAUUACUAUUACAAUACGGCCGGUGCACCAACGAAGGGUGGCUCAUUGCCGGGACGCGGUUCGUCAUAUCUAUCAUCAACAGCAUCGCCCACCAGUCAUAUGGCGGCCACAGGUGGUGGUGGCACGCUACCCAACUCAACGGCGACGAUGGGUGGGCGUGCUCACAGCAGUAUGGGCAUGGCGAAUGGCAAUAAAAAGCGUCCCAUCUCGCCGGAGCAAGUGCUGCGCAUGUUCGGUGCGACGCAAUCUUCUUCAGUUCCUACAAGCAGCUAUCACUAUAGCAACGGCACAAGAGAUCGUACUGGACGCCGCAGUCCGGCGAGUAGUCCGCCCUCGACCACGCAUCAGAUGUAUCGUGAACGAGAUCGAGAUCGUAGCAUAACGAAUAUACAUGAAUUAACCACACGUACCAUAAACAUGUCACGCGAUCAGCAAAUCGAUCAUGGUUUUGGUAUUUGUGUUAAAGGAGGAAAAGACUCAGGAUUAGGCGUCUAUAUCUCACGCAUCGAAGAGAAUUCAGUGGCUGAGCGCGCCGGCCUGCGCCCCGGUGAUACAAUCCUAGAGGUGAAUGGCACGCCGUUCACCUCAAUAAAUCACGAGGAGGCGUUAAAAAGAUGUGUGCAGAUAUUGAAAUCAUCACGUCAAAUCAGUAUGACGGUGCGCUCACCACCGACGCUCAACUCCCACGCGCCACUACAUGGCUUCGGUCCACCCUCGUCGCGGGAUCCCAUGUACGCAUCGAUGGCGCCACUACUGCCACAAUCGGCGGCCGGUUUACCGCCCGGAGCGACGAUGAUUGGCGGCGGUGGUCUACCAUUUCGUCAGACAUGUUCCUGGAUGGACCGACAUGGUCGUCCCGCUUCGCCACCCAUGGAGUAUGGUGGACGGCAUACGGAUCGUCGUGAGAGAAUUCGACGCGUAGAGCUGCUCAUUGAACCGGGUCAGUCGCUGGGUCUGAUGAUACGCGGCGGCGUUGAGUACGGCCUCGGCAUCUUCGUCACCGGCGUCGAUAAGGACAGUGUCGCAGAUCGUGCUGGCCUCAUGGUCGGCGACGAGAUACUCGAGGUCAAUGGUCAAUCAUUUCUCGACGUGACCCAUGACGAGGCGGUCAGUCAGCUGAAAUACCAUAAACGUAUGUCGCUUGUGAUACGUGAUGUUGGUAAAGUGCCACACUCCUGUACAUCCAUUGAGAUGGAGCCUUGGGACGCGUACAGUCCGACGGGGACGAGAGCUCGUCGAAAAGGUCAAAUAACCGCUAUGGUGGAGGAGAAGGCACGCUCGCUCCUGCCACGCCAUCAAUUCGCAAGUCUCUCGUAUUAUAUUGCCGAAUAUGCUGCGAGAGCGAUGACCAUAGAUGCCUUUGUUGCCGUCUUAUUAGAAAUGUUAGACACAUAUGAGAAACAUACGUUAGUGACGGAACUACGCGAACUUAUAUAUCCAGAGGAUCGUACGAGAUACGAUGAGCUUGUUUAUCGUAGAGAACGUGAUCCGUACAGCGUGGAGAGGCACAGGCGUAAAGGAGAAACCGCACGUGAUUUACCGGAAUACGGCUGUGAUGACCAUAGGUCCCGUAGAGGCAGUGAAACUCAAAUACCACACUCGGAAUACGAACAAGAUGCGGAACAGGGUGGCUACUUAGAUGGACUACGUUCACAUUUGGGUGGUUUAACACAACGUGUCAAAUCAUGGUAUUGGGGACGGCCUCUUGAGUUGGCCACAAAACUCUCGAGAAGUUUCGAUAUGAAGGAGGAGGGAGGCACACUGCUGGGCGACAAAGGUGUACGCAGGCAUCAGUCCAUGCAACGCCUUUCGGCCGAGCAAAAUGGUUCAACGACUGAACAAACACAUGAACACAAUCCAAACGUCGUACCUGAUCAUAGAGGCAACUUACACAUUACUGUUAAGAAAACUAAACCAAUUUUAGGUAUUGCUAUCGAAGGUGGUGCUAACACAAAACAUCCGCUUCCAAGGAUAAUCAAUAUCCAUGAAAACGGUGCAGCAUACGAAGCGGGCGGCCUCGAAGUCGGGCAACUCAUAUUGGAGGUGGACGGCAAUAAAGUCGAGGGUCUACAUCACCAGGAGGUUGCCCGCCUGAUAGCCGAAUGCUUUUCGAAUCGCGAAAAGGCCGACAUAACCUUCUUAGUUGUCGAAGCGAAAAAGUCGAAUCUGGAACCAAAACCAACGGCGCUUAUAUUUUUAGAAGCCUAACAUUUGCUUGCCCUGCCGGCUAAUGAGGACCCACUGGAACGACAAAAGCUCGAGUUCUUAUUCGAAUGGGGUAUCGAUUUAACGACAACGCCAAAACCAAUGCCAACACCAAUACCAUUAACAAAAGCUAAAAAUCCACCGCCACUGCCACUCAACAUUAAAUCCAUCAACCAUCCAUCACAUCAGCCAGCAACGGCGACACACCCACACACAACGCUGGCGCCGCAUCAUCAUCAGCAGCCAACGACACAGAAACAUGUUGCCAACGCAACAACAACACCAACAACAACGCGAACGUAUACACCACAAACUACACAAACGAGCACGGGGAUGCCAACGCAGACGACGAGCGCGAAAUACACGAGGAGUCCAACACAACAACAGCAGCAGCAACAACAACACUACCAACAACAUACAACACCAACUACCGCCACAACAACACCGACAAAAAGUACACAACAACAACAGCAGCAACAUCAAAGACUGACACCAGGCGAGCGCACGCGCGCCGCUGCCACUACAAAAACAACAGCAACACCAACAGCAUCAGCGCCAACGUCACGUGAGCACACACCCACGCGCAGCGCACAAUCACAUUCACAACAACAACAACAACAACAACAACAUCAGCAACACAAUCAGUCAUCCUUACAGCGUCAGCCAUCGGUGAAUCAACAAAAAUCACAACAACAACAACACGAACAGAGGCGCGACCUCGAGCGGAAAGACUCACAGCGCGAACGCGAUCGCGCGAAAGAGCGCGAACAUGAGCGCCAGCGUGCACACGCUGAUGCGCGCGAGCACGAACGCGCUCGUGGCCGUGAGUUGGAGCAUGAGCGUGAACGGCAGCGUGAUUAUGCGCACGAACGUGCACGUGAUUACCAACAUGAUCGUGAGUAUGCGCGCGAUCGUGAAUAUACCGCACGUGAGCGUGAGUAUGAGCGUGAGUUGUCACGUGACGCGCGUGAGCAUGAAUAUGAGCGCGAGCUGCCACGUGAUGUGCGUCACAGCGAGUAUGAGCGUGAGCGUGAUUACGCGCGGGAACGUGAGUAUGAGCGAGAGCGCGACUCCGAACGUGAACACGCCCCACCACCGUCAUCAGCACGCACAACACAACCAUAUCAACAACAACAAGCCCAUCAUCACCAACAACAAACACAUUACAAUAAAACGAAUUAUAAUUCCGUUUACCAGUAAAAAAAGAACAAAAGAAAAAACCAACAAAGAAACAACAAACGAAUUUGAG